GUUCCCAUCAGUCGACUCCUCUGUGGCUGCGUGGGAUGGGAAGCAAGUGGCUGCGGGCGACAACUCAACAAACCUGCGGCCGGUCUCGACUCUCUUGGCUGGGCAAGAACGAACAACGACGACGACGACGUUAGGAUAUCUGGCAUCGCUCUCCUAUACUCGAACCCCUCGAAGCAUCUACGCCUUCCGAGUGAGAAGCCGUUCACGACAGGCCGACAGAUCCCUCCGAGUUUAGGACGCCGACAUAGAGAGAAGGCAGCGAUAGCAGACGCUUCUGUGAGAGUGUGGUAGUUGCCGGUUUCCUUCCCGCCACCAGCCGCGCUUCUGCAUCCACCAGAUACCCUUGUUAAUCCCAUUCCUUACCAUUCGCCGCCCUGACAACGAGUUCCCAGAAUGUCAGCGCAACCUCCACCGCUGGGCGCCAAUUGGAAGUAUGUCCGCUGCGUCUCACUCCGCAACCUACCUGGAGCCCCAAUUCCCCUCCCUUCCACUUCCACCCGGGACACCGUCAUCACAGACUGCGCCGCCUCCUGCGCACGCACUCAAGCACCCUACAUUCUCCUGCAGGACGGGACAUGUCGAUGCUCCUCCGAAACGGACUCCACAAACAAUCUGAUCACGCAAAAUCCCGCAGAGUGCUCGCAGACGUGUGGAUUAUCUGGGCAAUGGCCGUGUGGGAACUCAAAUACGGGGAGGUUCUCGGUAUAUACCAGCGGCCUGCUGUUGAACGGCGCGCCCGCAGCGGUGACAAGGUCAAAGGAAGCCCCUUCGCUGACCACCGUCACGGCCGUGGCGACAAUACCGACCACCACUCUAGCAGCAGCCACCAACCCCAUAGGCGUGCAACCAACAAAUGUCGCACUGAUUAGCGCCCCGCCACCCACAUCCAACACCGCGACCACAGUCGCCGUCAGCAUCUCCGCUCUCAUCUUCCUACUUACCCUCGUCGGCCUGAUCAUCUUGCGUAUCCGCAAACGCCGCGCUCUUCACUCCCUCCCUUACAUCACCUCAACAACACCCAUGACCCCCAUGGGCGCAAAACCAGGUCGUUCCCGCGCCCUCUCCCACCCCACCAAACCCCACACAAACCCGGACCCACAUUCUCUCGCCCUCCUCCCCAACACCUCCGAAUCCGCCACCCACCUCCUCAUCCUAUCACACCCUGGUGGGCCCGUCACAACCCUGCCCAAGACCCCCAACAUGAUCUACUCCGUCACCUCCGCUCACACCGCGUCGACAAUACGUAGCGAUGAGAUUGGGCUGAAGGCGGACGAUGUGGUGAUUGUGAACCGCACAUGGCCGGAUUCGUGGGCGACGGGGAUGAAUGUGAGCACGGGCGAGGUGGGCGUGUUUCCUCUUGCGUGCCUUGCGAACGGGGAGGGGUGGAGGAAGGCGGUUUGGGGGUGUCCUGAGCGGAAGGAGAGUUUGACGGUGUAGGCAUUUCUUCAUGGCAGGCGUUCGUUUCCCGGCUGUAUUGAGCAACCCGGCGUAAAACCCAGUCCUUUCGUGACAUCGCCCCUCACUAUCCUAGAUAUCCAUAGACUCCCGGUUCCUGUCCGCAAAAUCCCUUAGUUGGACUACCAUAUAUACUGUACACUCACACAUCCUUGGACAACGACUCUUCUGUGCAAUACGAUUGUUCCCGUUCUCGCUAGGUGAAAAACCAAU